AUGUCACUGUUGGGAUCGUACCCUUGCUCAAAUGUCUCGGCGCCUACUACUUUAAGCAUCACUUCAGCUACAUUCUGUUCAGUCCUCUCCGUUGUAGCUGUAGUAGGAAAUGUCCUUGUGUUUCUGGCAGUAAUUAUUGAUCCGAAUCGCAAUCUACGAUCGCCUUUCAAUUUGCUUGUCGCUAACCUGGCGACAGCCGAUUUAAUAGUGGGUUGUUUUGCGUUACCAAUGUCGGUGGAGUUCUACAUUCGCGAGGCUUCUACAAAACAACUUAUACUUCUUCCUCGAGAUGACGCAAGACGUGUAGGAAGUUUCAUCUCGUGUACGGCAUCCCUUUUUAGUUUAGCUGCAAUGAGAUUGGACAGAUUCUUUGCCAUUACUAAUCCGAUGGAAUACAGAGCCUACAGAGCUAAAUUGAAUUCUCGGCGAGCUACAGUCAUUUCCACAGUCAUUUUGCUUUCAAUAUGGAUUAUCUCCAUUGGGUUGCCCUUUCUGUAUUUUAGUGUCGGCUAUCUAAAAUACCAAUUUUUCUUCGCCAUCACAGCUGUCGUGUCAACAUUUGUGGUACUUUGUCUGACGUAUGUGAAAGUUUUCAAAAGUCUUAGAAAUCAAGUCAGGACUUGGGACAGUUUACAUCAAGGCCCAGCGAGUUAUAACCACAUCAAGAAGAGAAAGAUCAAAUGGGAGAAGAAAGUAACUAAGACAUUUCUGAUCAUGUUGACCCUUUUUAUUUCCUGUUUUCUUCCUUCGUUGAUUCUUAUCCUUAUCAUAAGCUUUUGUGCAAGCUGUAACUGUGAUUUUAUUCACUGGGCGAGAGAUUUGAACUACAUCCUAAUCAUGGCUAAUUCCAGUAUGAAUCCGUUUGUCUUUGCCUGGACACUUCGGCCCUACAGAGACGCGUUUCUUAAGAUACUGACAUGCGGGGUUAUCGUACGAAAACUGCGAUCAGUCUCUGAACAAAUCAACAUUUCCAUGAAUUCAUCAAAUCCAUCUUCUUCUUAAGAAGGCGGUCAUAUUACAUUCAUUAUAUUGAGCUAUAUUGACAUUAAAUUGAGCUCAGAUCUGUUCGAUUCAGUGUUCCUAGCAACCUUAACUGUAGUGGCAGGUUUUGUAAUUAAAUCUAGCUAUAAUUAACAUUUUGUAAAACGAAAUGCACUAGCUACAGCCUCUCUCCCUUAUCACCAAGUUGCUAUUUGAGAAUAAGAGUUAAGUAGAAGUAAUUAGAGAUAAAUAUAAUGCAUUCGAAGGAUGCAGAAAGUUUACGGAGGGGGUUAGUUUAGAAGAGUGGUCUGUAAAGCGGAAGGUCUUGGGUUUGAUCGCCGGUCCGUGGCAUUACCAAUACCCCGCGCCUUAAAAUAACUGAGAAAUGAAGGUAAUAAAGCCCCCUGGCUUUGACUUGCAAAUGACUAGAUCUAGGUAUUUCAAAUCAACGGAGCGUCGGAACUGGAUACGAGAUUCAAUAUCGUCUCCAGUAAAAUACGCAAAAAUAGUGUCCUCACGUGCUAAAUUUAAAAUGCAUUAACAGACACUCGUGAAUAAAAGUAUAAUUUUUGCGAUAUUGCAUGUUAUGAUGCUCUGAUGUCAGUAUUGUUAUGUUUUUGAGGUAUGCAAUGCCGUUGCCGCUGAUUUCUGCUCGAUAUUUGUUUAAAAAAUGUUCCAGCAUUUUGGCAAACAUAGCCUUUUUGAAAAAAAAGGGUAAUGUACCUUUACAGUUACAUAAAGGAAUGUCAAAGAUCAUUAUCACCGUUAAAAUUAACUUCGGAUCAGUUUGGUAAAGCUUGUAUCUAGAAUUUCCGUCAUUUCUAGGAAAAAGGGGGAUCACUUUUGAAGUCGCUUCUUUCACGUGGGCGUUGUUUUGUUACUGAUUUCUAUUCGAUAUCUGUCCCAAAUUAGACAUGGUCAGAGAAGCUGGUAUUUUGCUAAAACGAAGAACAGGGAACGUGGAACGAGGAAUGAGGAACGGGGAAAGGGAAAAAAAUUGGAACAAAACCUAGUAACUUAACCCUUUGCCCUAUCAGUAACUUCAUUAGUCAUGCCGGCUUUGUUUUCUCCCCAUUUUCAUUUUCCAGAUUCCCGUUUUAGUUAAAUCCAAAACAUCCGAGUGCCAUAAAUCGAGGCUACCACGAGGCAAAUGUUAACACACCAUAGGAGGCAUUAAAUUAAAAAAACAAUCACAUAAGUGUUACUUCAUUUAUAUUCAAAGCUUUUAAACGCACCACAGUAAUCAACCAAUGAAAACCUGCAGCGUCAGAAACAAUGUUAAGAGCCCAUGACCGUAAAUAUCGAGAAUCGCUCGUCUUGCCAGGCUAAAAAAUUGAAAAUUCUGAUAAUCUGUUAGAAAAACCUCUUUGGGGAACUAUCUUCGAAAAAAAAUAUUUUUAACUUUUGAGAAUCUAUAGUUUUCGAGAAAAUAAGGAAAAACGAAGAUAGCUGUUUUUACCUAAUUAAUUAUGCAAAAAUUAGAGUAAAAAUGAUCGACUUUAUCGCGAUCGCGUCUGUACCGAAGCAAGAUUCAAAGCUAUAAAACAGAAAUAUUUUUGUUUUAAAGCAUUCUAUCUUUUCUUUCUUUCCAUGGUACGUUUUAAACCAUAGACGAGAUUUUGAAUUUUUUACGGUUUUUUAAAAACUACCACCAAGCGCACUUUUUAAAAUGGGUCAAAAAUGACAACUUCAGAGGCAAAAAACUCACCUUGGUAUUGGGUGAUAUCUAGCCAAAGUGUAUACUAGGACAAAGUUGAGCUCUUAUAUUAACAGAAUAUGAAAUAAAAAAUCUGGGAACUCCAGAUUCGCGUUUGCAAAACAAAAAGUUUCGUGACCACUAGUGGCAAAAUGUCACAAAUUUGAAUAAGUCAAAUUUGUAGAGAAAUGAUGCCGUCUGACUUCUCUUUGUAGUUUCGGUACGUGGUUUAUUCGAAACAUAGUAGAAGGAUGAAAGCUCCUUUUAAUAAAGCUAAAAUUAAGUAAAGGAUCUGAAAAAUCGAUAUCCCCGAUAAGAAACUAGGAAUUAUUUUGAAUGAAUAAUAAAGCAAUUAAUGAAUUCGGCUUUCGUAGGAUAUAAAGAAUUAAGCGGAUCUCGGAGGGUGUUAUCUACCUUCCAUCCGCCUUUGGCCUCGCUGACAAAAAUGGUUCAGCGAUCGCAGUGAUUGAUGGUUUUCAUAUGAUCGCUGCGAUCGCUGAAUGAAGACCGAGGGAACCUGGGUCCAACAAUAUAGCUCGCGCCAUUCCUCAAAUUCAGCAUGGUGGCUUUGAAUCGUCGACUCCUACUAGUUUUGAGGCGUGUUUUCUUGUAAUUAUGGGUGUUUUUUGACCUAGAAGACGACAGGAAAGACGGAGAACUCAUUGGGCGCUUUCCAUUUACGAAAAAAACCCGGAAAUUUCGGUGGCAGCAAAAGUGGAAUUUCCGAUCGGUAAAAAGUUGUUCCAUUUGGUCGUAAACCUCGGUACGUGGCCGGGUGCCCGACCGUGGACCUGGAACUGGUACAAACUACAAGAAACGUCAAUGGAACACGACAUUCCGUUCGGAAAUUCCAACCGGGAAAACGGGACCACCUUUUUCGAUUUUCCACUUUUUCUGGGAAUUUUCCAGUGAGACGAACCGACGAAACGUGUUCCAUUUACCGCCGAACCGGAAAUUCCGGAAAUUUUGACUAAAUGGAAAGCGCCCAUUUUCAGGACUUAAAUCGUUCCAGCAGUCGAGGGUCACACAAUGUAACAACAUAGGCCUACAUGUGAAGUAAAAAUAUUCUUGUAUAUGAAUCUAUCUCAUGAGCUCAUAAAACACGUUAAUUGCUGUCUUUGCCAUUUUGACGGCCGAAGAUAUCAAUGAUACGAUCCAUGUCAUUGUUGACUUCAGACUUCCCACAUACGUUUCAAUGUUAAUUAGUGCGGUGUUACUGACACGUUGUUGCCCCAUGGUGCUGCGAAGGUACAUGUAAGUUUUCAUGCAACGCACUGAAUGAUCGUUCUGCAGAACACAAUGCAAUGUAGAAGGUAUCAUUCCAAAGAUAUGUACCACAUAAGAAAACACUGAAAACAUAUCAAAUAGAUCAAUCUUGUGCGAUGAUUGUCUCCGGCAUUUCUGGAACAGUCAUGUAGCCUAAUCCGGGCACACGAUGAAAACUCACGUACAUGUUCUGCUAGGCUUAACCGUCGAUUUUGUAAAAUUUAGCAACGCGGGAGAAGCUUUCUUUAUCAGGUGUUUCACUGUGACAGAUGUUUCCUAAAGCACAUAGUAUUUACUGCUCAUUUGCACUAAACCUGAGCUCAAUCUCGGACAGCACCUUGUCUAUGGUUAACCUGCACCACAGACGAAACUCAACUCUGGUUAACUCCGUCUGCGAAACAGCCCUGGGCCUCCACUUGUGUACCAGGAUUUGAGUACGGGCCAUGAUUGGCCUUUUGAAAAAGCCAUUGUCGAUUUGCCAAUCAAGACGAAAGGAAAUUUGAAACGCACUUCCGGUAAUUCUGUGAGUCCUUGGGGGCCAGCACAAAGAUAUCGGCGAUAUCGGCUUCGCAGACCUUAUAGUCUGCUACACGGCCGUUUUCAGUGUCGUCACGCAACGCUAGUGGGGAGGAGCGUUGCGUGACGACACUAAAAACGGCUGUGUAGCAGACUACAGACCUUACUACAGACCGAGGUUAAAUUACGUCUGUGAACCAGGCUAUAGGGUGGUGCGGAUUCCGGUGUUAGGUGCGUUUGUCUUUGCGAUGGCGAUUGUCUGUGUGCGCUGGCUUUUCGUAAUUCAAACAGCGAGAAUUGGUCAGUCACUUCUUCAUUUUCAGACCCAUUGCUGAUGCUAUCUGCCAUACGCUGUUGAAUUUUUCUUCACACUACUGUCUCGUGCGAAUUUAACUGGAUUUACCACGCCAAAUUUUGGGCUGCUGCAACCCCCUCGACCCCCCGGCCCGUACACCUAUGGUGAGUUAUGUAUCGGUCAAAUCGAAGCUUCAACAUGCCCCCCCCCGGGCAUACCCCGGGCAUUUGACACCUUUGCCGUCCCGGGGAGGAGGGAAUUUGAUUAUCAGAGUCUUCCAGGGGUGGGGAAUUUGAUCCCCAUGCUUUAGGGGUGGGGAAUUUGAACUGAACCCUCGAUUUCAUGUAAAAUCUUUGGCGUGGCGAGCUAUCAUGGGGGACGCGGUGUUAUAGGAUUUUUGAUGAAAAGAUCGUGCCUUUGUGGCCAAUUGGUUUCGAGGAAAGGGCUUAAACAAGUUUUGUGCUGUAUUUGAAGUAUUUAAAUUUUAAAAUUUUUAAUACUGGAUUCAGGCUUUGAAUGUAUGAAUGUAUUUUAUUGUUGUGUUUUAUACAAUGAAAUACAAUACCUAUACCGGCGAUUCAAUACAACAACAUAAAAUAAAAUAAAAUAAAAAGCUCAGGUCAACUACUUUGACCUACUGCAAGUAUAUUAGUUAAUAAGGUUAGCGAUGAUGCAUAUCAGUGAAAUGGUCAUGAUGUAGUAAUCUCAAUAGAUGGGGUCUUCUUUUAUAGAACGCUUUGAGCAUUCAGUGAGCUUGUAGCAGCGAUUUCCGCCGCUUUGCUAGCCUGCGAAGCGCAGACGCAUUUCCGGUCGUCGCUUCUCUCCCUCCGAAAAAUAGCUAUUUUUCGGAGCUAUUUUUCGGAGGGAGAGAAGCGACGACCGGAAAUGCGUCUGCGCUUCGCAGGCUACCGCUUUGCACGACACUUUUGUUCUUAGUAAAUACGCUAACAGUGUUUCUCAGUUUUGUUAUAUUUAUAAAGAUUUUGUUCGACAACUGAAGGCGUUUCUGCCGUCCCUCUGACAGUUUUGUGCCUGUGAAACGUCCCCGGGGUGGGGGCAUUUGAUCACCUAGAUGGACCAUAGUGUGGGGCAUUUGAACGGCAUUUUGACCCGGGUAGGGGGGAAUUUGAACAAUAAUUUUCAAAAAAGUCAAAUGCCCGGGGGGUUGCCCGGGGGGGGGGGCAUGUUGAAGCUUCGAUUUGACCGAUACAUUAACGCCUAGUCAUGGCUUGUUGAGCGGGACUGAAACUGCAGCCUCCCACUCGGGUCUCUAAAAACAAAUCGCCAAAGACGAAAUUAAUUUUAGAUCAAGGAUAAGAAAAGCAAUUCUUUUCUUGAACGGCGGAAUUGAUGUUUUAAAAAAAAAUUGAAUACAUGACAAAAAAAAAUAAAUGAAAAUUUAAAAUGGGACGUUUCAUUUCGAAUUAGCUGACAUGACCGGCUGGCGAUAAUGCAAAUGAGGGAGGCUGAAAUAUGCUUCAUUCAUUCAGCUCCUUCAAUAGACGCAAGUUUUUUACGACGCUAAUUUCCAGGGUAUCGAGAUCAUUUUAAAAGUUCAAUAUAUUUAGUGAGGCAAAACUGUAAUUAGGCAACAGACUGUCAAAUAGCCCCCCUCUUAUACAAACCUACGUACAGGAAAUUCGCGAUAAUUAAGCGUUGUGAAAUAUACGUAUUCUUAAAAAUCACAAAUUUAAAGAAUCAUAAAGAAUCAUGAAGAAUUCAUAAUAUUUAUACGAAGAGGCCACUUCAUGAUAGACUUCGAGAAGUCCUUUAUUAUUCUUGGGAAAGCCGGAAUGAGUCCAAAACGCGAUUUUCACUUUUUAUUAGCCUGCGUACAGCCGCCCCCUCGGCUGUACACAGGCUACUUUACAUAUCCUAUCGGCUUUUUUAACGCAAUGCUGUUUUUAAAUCAACACAUACUGGAAAGUGAAACACCUAUCUUGAAAGACAAAGGUGACUGUAUGGAGUUAAGUUGGUUUGCGUUCUGAGAAUUUACUUAUCUUAGCUAAUUUUCAAUUUCCCGUGCGAUGUCUAAUAGCGCAAUAUAUAUUUCUCAUAGCUCAAACUGAUUUUCCAGUUAUAGCUUUUUAUUCUCCAGUGCCUUGACUGUCGCUCAUUUGCUCCAAGAUAAUAGGGUGGUCCAGUCCUAUACAGUAUUUUCAAUUUAUCAAAAGUUGUCAGGUUGGUGCGUGAGCUUAUCAAAUAUAAAAGUGUCUGUCAUUCUGUUCAUUGUCUUACUUACAAGCUUUAUUUCCUUUUGCGCUGAAAUGACGAGCUUGUCAGUUUAUAUACCGUAAGAUAAUCUCCGCAGCCCACCUGAGUUAAUUAAGGUUAUUGAAUACAAAAUGAACUGAGUUAUCACCUGGUCACGAAGCUAAAAUCUUCGCAUUCAGACAUGUCACUGUUGGAAUCGUACCCUUGCUCAAAUAUCUCGGCGCCCACUAGUUUAAGCAUCACUUCAGCUACCUUCUGUUCAGUCCUCUCAGUUGUAGCUGUUGUAGGAAAUAUCCUUGUGUUUCUGGCAGUAAUUAUUGAUCCAAAUCGCAAUCUACGAUCGCCUUUCAAUUUGCUAGUCGCUAACCUCGCGGCAGCCGAUUUAAUAGUGGGUUGUUUUGCAUUGCCAAUGUCGGCGGAGUUCUACGUGCGAGAGGCUUCGACAAAACAAGUUACACUUCUUCCUCGAGAUGACGCAAGACGUGUGGGAACUUUCAUCUCGUGUACAGCAUCGCUUUUUAGUUUAGCUGCAAUGAGUGUGGACAGAUUCUUUGCCAUUACUAAUCCUAUGGAAUACAGAGCUAAAUUGACUUCUCGGAGAGCCACAGUCAUCUUGCUUUCAAUAUGGACUAUCUCCAUUGGGUUUCCCUUUCUGUAUUUCAGUGUCGGCUAUCUAAAAUACCAAUUUUUCUUCGCCAUCACAGCUGUCGUGACAACAUUUGUGGUGCUUUGUUUGACCUACGUGAAAGUUUUCAAAAGUUUUAAAAAUCAAGUCAGGACUUGGGACAGUUUACAUCAAGGCUCAGAGAGUUAUAACCACGUCAAGAAGAGAACGAUUAAAUGGGAGAAGAAAGUAACUAAGACAUUUCUGAUCAUGUUGACCCUUUUUAUUUCGUGUUUUCUUCCUUCGUUGAUUCUUAUCCUGAUCAUAAGCUUUUGUGCAAGCUGUAACUGUGAUUUUAUUCACUGGGCGAGAGAUUUGAACUACAUCCUAAUCAUGGCUAAUUCCAGUAUGAAUCCGUUUGUCUUUGCCUGGAGACUUCAGCCCUACAGAGACGCGUUUAUUAAGAUUUCAGGGGCACCCAACGAGAAUAUAGUUCAAAACCACUUAAACAUAGCAUUGUUAAACGUAUUUUAGUAUUUAAACGGUAGAUAUAGGCACAUUUUUAUCCCCUAAAAAUUUUUCAUCUGUUCGGAUUUCCUAGCUGAAAGUCUAGUAAUCCGAAAAUAAUAGGGAUCAAAACUCACUUUUUCGAAAAUUUCAGCCAGAAAAAAGGCUCCCGAAAAUUCUAGGUGACCUUUUUAGGGUAAAAAUCCGUUAAAAAUAGGCAAUUAUACCAUUUUUUACAUGUUCGAAAAUCCUAGGAGAGGCAGGCAAGCAAGAAAUUUUACAACAAAUGUUUCGAAAAUUCUAGAUCUCAAAUCGUCUUCCGAACAGAUAUUCUUGCGAAAAUUGUCGUUGGGUGCCCCUGAGAUUUUAACAUGCGGGGUUAUUGCACGAAGACUGCGAUCAGUCUCUGAACAAAUCAACAUUUCGACGAAUUCAUCAAAUCCAUCUUCCUGAAUUUCAAGUAGCAUUCAAAAUAAGAAAUGUUUCAGCGACAUUUUAACAGUUUCAUUCCUUGGUACAAGAUUAUGAAACGCAAAACUUUGACUUUUGAUUUUCAAGUUGUCACAACAAUUUUGAACUUGGAGAUGCGGAAAAUCUUUCUGUGAGAUUACCACAAAACGCAAUGUAAUUUGAUAUGUUUGACU